GCGACGAGCAAGAGAGAGGAAGUACCGAAAACACGUGUCUGCACCGGCCGAGGCUGUGCUCUGCUCUUGAGCUGAUGCUUCUUGCCUGAAUGCAAGUAGGGAGUCGGAAAGCUGCAAAUAACCUGCCAGUGACAACAUUAUCGUGAUGAGUUUUAUUGAAUAUGGAGAUGUGAUAAAAGAAGGGGACACGGCAGUUGUCUUCUUGGGACAUGAAUCAAUGUUUCCAGUGAAGGUGCAACAUGGUGGUAAAACUCAGACUAAGUAUGGUGUUAUUAGACACUCAACUGACCUCAUUGGAAAGAAGUAUGGUUCCAAGGUGACCUGCAGCAAAGGAGGCUGGGUGUACAUCCUUUAUCCGACCCCAGAGUUAUGGACUUUGAACUUACGCCACAGAACUCAAAUCCUAUAUUCAACGGAUAUCUCUUUAAUCACCAUGAUGCUUGAGUUGAAACCAGGAAGUAUAGUGUGUGAAUCAGGAACUGGAAGUGCUUCUCUCUCUCAUGCCAUCAUCCGGACAAUUGCUCCAACUGGGCAUCUGUAUACAGUGGAGUUCCAUCAACAGAGAGCUGAAAAAGCAGUAGAGGAGUUUGAAGAGCACAAAGUGGGGCAUUUGGUGACAGUCAAGACCCAGGAUGUCUGCAAAAAUGGCUUUGGUGUCACCAACAUUGCAGAUGCAGUGUUUUUGGACAUUCCAUCCCCAUGGGAAGCUGUAGGCCAUGCCAAACUAGCAUUAAAACAUGAAGGUGGACGCAUAUGUUCCUUUUCUCCUUGCAUUGAGCAAGUUCAAAGGACCUGCUUAGCUUUGGAGGAACACGGCUUUACUGAAAUCACUACUUCAGAGAUUCUGCUCAGAGUGUACAAUGUUCGAACAAUUAGUUUGCAAAUCCCUGAUCUUGGAAAAGCAGAUGGUAAUUCCAGCACUGGGCUUGAUGGAGGCAACCUGUCAAAUGAAGAUGCCUUGUGUCCAAAUCUUCAGCAGGAAACUAUACAAUUUAAGAGCGGUGUGCCACUUAAGGAAAUGGUGGGUCACACUGGUUAUUUGACCUUUGCUACUAAAAACCUAUUUUAAAUACAGGCUCGAGAGUGUUUCUGCUGUAUGUCCUCUGAAUGUAACUUUCCCAGCUCUCUGCUUCCAGAGCAAUUCCAUAUAUAGUCAGAUUGAUAUUCUGUUUAAAUAGCUAGACAGGAGCACUAGCCAGAUCGGUCUUGGCAAUGUGCUGCUGUUCUAAAACAGUGCUUGCCUAGUUGUCAGGUACGGAAGAUGGACUGAUAACUAAUAGGUGCGGAUUGGAAUUUACAAAAUAAAAGUCACAUGAGAGAGAGUGUCUGUCUGUCUGUCU